CAAUUGGUAAUUGUGCCCAUACUUGGGUGCCUUGGUCGGGGAUAAUGGUGAAGCGGAUGUUGCCUGGCUCGAGGCGCAUCCAGCAGGUCUUGCCCAGCGAUGAGAGGGAGGCGGUUAGCUCUGUUGGAGUUGGUACGUGGUGUUAGUUAUGUGGACUCGGUCAUUGCGAACAGUGACCUGGUGGUUUGGUUGGUCUAGGCCUUCAGAGCUUCAAGGAAGGCUACCACCCGGAACGCCAAAACGCGGUAGAUGGAGCAGCACGCGACAAGAGGCAAUAAACGUACUGGAGAAAGUCUCCGCAUUGGUGAGUUUAGUUCGGAAACGCAUGGUGAAAUAUCUAUUGCAUGUUUGGGAAAAGCAGGUGGGUUUAUUGUGUAGGCACACCAACAAUUGAUGUUGAUGUUGAUGUUGAUGUUGAGCGCAAGGUAGUGGAUGAAUGCGA